AGCUCGGCAGUUUUCAAGCACCGGAAGCUGUGGUGGUAAAACGAUGACUGAUAUUCAACACCUCUGCCGAUGAUGAUAAACUAGACUUGUCAUCACUUUUUCUUCACGACAAAAUUUGCAGACAAGUGGGUGGGACACAUUAUUAGUAGUGAUUUUGGAGAUUGGCUAAAAUUGAGUGAAUGACGAGUAAGGGUUUGGAAAAUCCCUGCUGUGAGUGUCAACUUUUGCCCGUGAUACUAAGAAAAAAAAGUUUUGUUUGGCCGAGUAGUUUGUCAAUUAAUCGUCAACGGCCAGCAUGAUUUUGUUGGAGAUAAACAAUCGUAUUUUAGAGGAUACCUUAACGCUCAAGUUCAAAAAUGCUUUAUCUGGGAACAAGCCAGACUCAACAGAUAUCCAAGUGGCUGAUUUCGACGGUGUUCUAUUUCACAUUUCCAGUCAUAGCGGCGAUAAAACCAAAUUGAAGGUGAGUAUUUCCCUAAAGUUUUACAAGCAAUUGCAAGAACAUGGGGCAGAAGACUUACUUAAAAGAGAAUAUGGAAGUUACCUCCUUUAUCCACCUGAAGACGGGUAUAGCGUGUCUCUCCUGUUUGACUUGGAAAACGUGCCAAACGACUGGGAAGACUUGGUAAAGAAAGUAGGACUUCUUAAACGCAAUUGUUUCGCCUCCGUAUUCGAAAAGUAUUUCGAAUUCCAACAAGAAGGAAUCGAGGGACAGUCCAGAGCAGUGAUUAAUUACAGAGAAGAUGAGACCUUAUAUGUUGAAGCUCAAGCAGACCGAGUUACUGUUGUAUUCAGCACAGUAUUCAGGGAUGAGGAUGACGUAGUCUUGGGAAAAGUGUUCAUGCAAGAAUUUAGAGAAGGCCGACGCGCUUCGCAUACAGCACCUCAAGUGUUAUUUUCGCAUCGAGAACCACCCCUUGAGUUACAAAACACUGGGGCACGAAUUGGGGAUAAUAUUGGAUACAUCACUUUCGUAUUGUUUCCACGUCAUACGAAUAAAGAAGCAAAAGAUAACACAAUCAAUCUGAUCCACAUGUUUAGGGACUACCUGCACUAUCACCUGAAAUGUUCAAAAGCGUACAUUCACUCAAGAAUGCGUGCAAAAACUACAGAAUUUUUGAAAGUUUUGAACCGUGCAAGACCAGAACCAAAGAAUGUGGAGAAGAAGACUAUAUCAGGGCGGACAUUUAUUCGACGAGAAUAGUUGAAUGGAACUGGUGUACACAUCGUACAAACGCAAUAAUAAUUGUAUUAUUACCCUUGUAAUCAAUUAAAGUCAACAAAUUAUUACGGUGAAAGUCAUAUGAGCCUUCCAAUCUUAAUUGCUUUUUAAAUCGUGCUUCACUUUUAAGAAAUGUAACGGUAGGAUAUGAUACUAAUUCUGAUUCGAUCCGUAAAAAAUACUACUUCAAUUAGCAUAUUCGCAUCAUAAUGAUGAUGAUUAUUAUACUAUUCAAAUGUUUCAUUUUUUCAACAACUGUUUAUGUAUUAGUUAUAUGUCUGAAUUACUUAUUGAGUGAUAAUUUAUUAAUGCAGUGCAAAUAUUUGAUAAGUUAUGUUACAUAUGUCAGUGAAAAGAAAGUAUUUAUUUAGAACGCAAUCAUCUACCUACUUCACCAACAACAGCAUACUUCGGAAUACGGAUGGCGAGUUAUACAACAUAUAUGUAGUCGACCUACUUAUUUGUUACGUGGUAACAUUACUUUAUUAUUAUUAUGAUAUAUAGCCAAACAGUUUUGUGAUGCUAAUUUAAAAUUUGGUUCCAAAGCCUAAAAUAAACCCACUUUAAAACUUG